UCUGUGUGACUCCGCCCAUACACAUUCCUGUGUGUCUGCGCUGUGAAGAGGAGGAGGAGGACAGAGAAAAGUUGAGGGGCUGCAGAAAGAGAGGGGAUGAUAAACAACAACACUUCAGUCUGACUCCUGCAACUUUCUGACACAUUUACCCCAAGUUUAACCCAACGAGGCGUGUUUGUAAUUUAUUUAUUUAUUUAGUUCACAAGUUGUCGAGACCUUUUUUCUUUGGCGGAGUUGGAGCUUUCGAGUUGACUACAUUGCACGCUGCUGUUUUCACUGCUUUUCACCUUCCAAAACCCCAACAAACCCCGCAGAAGUGCAAAGGGAGUGUGUGUUGAGGAAUCAUGGAGAUCCUGGAUAGUAGUGAGCCGUUUCUGCACUGGGACCGGAACCUGAGCGAGCUGUCGGAGGCCGGGGAGAUCGACUGUGUGCUCUACACCAAUCACUUCUCCGAGCUCCUGGACGAUCUCUCCCAGGAUGCUUUGCUGGGUCAGCUGCUCAGCGACCCCUUCCUCUCGGGGGUGAGAGGUGGAGGCGUGGAGGCCAUGGAGGGUGAAGACGGCAGCGACCUGUCUCCCUCCUCCCCCCUACCUCCCCACAUCACGGCGGAGCACAGCUACUCGCUCUGCGGAGACAGCAGGCCUCAGUCCCCGCUGUCGCACCUGACCGGAGAGCAGGGCAGCGACGCAGAGUCUGAUGGAGAAUCAGCUGAUUGGCCCAUGGAGCAGGACGACUCCAUCGACAGCCUCCUGUGUGAGACCCCCUCCCUGCUCCCAACUCUCUCCCUGUCUCUGGCCUCCGGUGAGGGGCCCCGGGCUAUUGAGAGCCCUGCUGUGGCCCCUGUUGUUCCCACCACUCCCCCAGCUCAGUCCCGAGUCAACAGCAGCCAGGGCAAAGCCUUCAAGAUUAAAGAGGAGAACAUCAUCCCGCAGAUUAAACUAGAGCCUCAUGAAGUCGACCAGUUUCUCAACCUUUCACCCAAAGGUCUGGAGGCUCUUCAGAUGCCUCCCACUCCUCCCAGUUCCCACGGCAGUGACUCUGAGGGGAGUCAGAGUCCCGUCCAUGCCCCACCCGGCCUCUCCUGCCCUGCUUCCCCCACCAGCCCUCCCCCAUCCCAGGCCAGCCUGAAGGUGUCGCCCCGCGCCGCCUCCUCACUCUCCAACUCCCCUCUGCUCACCGCUGCUCAUAAGCUGCAGGGUUCCGGCCCGUUGAUGCUGACGGAGGAGGAGCGCCGUACGCUGGUGGCUGAAGGUUACCCCGUCCCCACCAAGCUGCCGCUCACCAAGACCGAAGAGAAGGCUCUGAAGAAGAUCCGCAGGAAAAUCAAAAAUAAGAUUUCUGCUCAGGAGAGUCGCAGGAAGAAGAAAGAGUACAUGGACGCUCUGGAGAAGAAGGUGGAGACAUGCUCCAACGAAAACCACGAGCUGCGCAGAAAAGUGGAAACCCUGGAGUGUACCAACAAAUCUCUGUUGCAGCAGCUGCAGUCUCUGCAGGCGGUGGUCGCCGGAAAAGUCCCCAAAUCCUGCAGGAUGGCCGGCACCCAGACAUCAUCAUGCCUAAUGGUGGUUGUUUUGUGUUUCUCUCUGUUUUUGGGGAGUUUUUACCCCAGCAGUAUGUCUCCCUGCUCCACCCUCACUGAAACUGGCCUUGCAUCCAAACAGCAGGCUGUCAAAGAGUCCUACACAACCACAGUGAAGUCAAGGAAUCUGUUGUCCACCUUCGAGGAUGAGCAACCGCAUCUCCUUGGUCUCGGUGGGGAGUAUCCCAACCAAUGGGAGGAGGCGCCGGCUGUUGUCAUGGGAGUGUGGCGUCGCUCAGAGCAACAGAAAGUGGCGGUGGAGCCCACCAUGGUGGAAACACUCGUACCACUGAGAAAUAAAAGCAACGAAACGCAAACAUCUAAAAACAUGCUGCUAGACCUGCACAGGUCUUUGGAUAGCAGCAGCAGUAAAGUGAUAGAGCUGGAGCGGACGGUCAACGAGACCUCCUGAGGUUCAUGUCAACACCCCACCAUUAUCCCACCAUGACCCCCCCCCCCACCUCCCCAUGAUGACCUGGUUCAAACCUCAUACAGUAGUUCCACUGCUGAUUGUUCCAUCUCUGCUCAAUCAGACACACUGUAAUGGUAUUAAUUAAUCAUUUUAUAAUAAUAAUAAUUUACAAGGAGGCACUGGCUGCUUUAAUUUCUGAAGUAAAAAUGCACUGAAUAAUUUUUACAUGAGUCAAUCAUCAGUUGUCUUCAUUGACAUUCAAAUAGAUGGAGUGAAUUCCAGUGGAGAGUAUUUUCAAAUAUGACGUGAGGCUUUUUACAGGACACUGAGGGAGAGAACCUUUGUAUUUAUAGAAACCUUUUUGGGGUUUUUCAUAAAGUUAUUGCUCUUUGUAGUUCUUUUAAAUGUUUUAUUCCAUUCCAGUGAGCCCCCUUUUGAUACUUCUGUUUGUGUUCAUAUUGUGUUUUUUUAUUUUUAUUUUAUUGUACUCAUUUAUAUAUUGUUAUAUAUUUGCUUCAGCUGACUUUACAUUUCAAACAUCUAAGGCUUAACCCGGGUUUCUGCGCUCAUUUUAAAACCGUUUUUAUUUUUGAAAACUUUACAUCAAUGUGCAGCUUGAAGCUGUUGCUUUGUUAUUAUGAAUACUGACUGCAGAUUUAAAACCCAUUUAAAUAAAAAGCAUUAAUGAGGACUUUAUCCCUUAAAUAAUUACAUGUUUUUUCAACAUGCAUCUCAAAAUAUCUGUUAUGCAUCCCAAAAUGUUGCUUCUCCUCUAAGGAAUUGUUCGAUAUUGACAUUGAGGAAACAUUAUUGUGCCUUUCUUGCCGAGAGUUAGAGAUUAUUAAGCAUAUUUCCCCAAAUGUCCAACUUAUUUUAAUUUUUGUAAAGAGAUGUGUGCUGGAACCAAAGAAUGAACUUUAUUUUGCCUUUUUUCCUGUGAUGUUUUUGCCUUAAACACUUUCACUGUCAGCUGCUCUGAUCUCUCAGCAUUUGCCAAAAAAAAGUUUCUUCCCAGAAGUGAAAAAAAAGUAUCUAUUUUUGUAAAUAUAAGUUGUUAAUAAAUAAGCAAGUCUAAAACUGUCUGGGAUCUGGAGUUUAUAAACCAAUCCAUAAUUUAUCCUCAGUCUUUUGGAUGCGAUGGUGAUGAAGGAUGAACAUAGCUUUGUCCUGACUUCUGUUUCUGGUUCAGUGUGUUUAAUAGAUAUCAUGGCUUUAAAAGUCUUAACUGUUCAUUUUAAGUGUAUUGCAGGUGGGGUUUUACAUUUCUCAGCUUUGAAACAUGUUUUGUUAUGUGUGUUUAACCCAUUCCACUUUCUGUGCAUCCAUGUUGUAAAUACAAACAUCCCAUUUGUAAAAAAUCUUCAUCCACCGUCAAAAGUAUAGCAAAUUAAGCUAAGAAACAUAAGAAGUGGUAUAUAACAAACUGAAGAUGAAAUCCACUGUUAACACAAAUAUAUACCAGUCCAAUUAAGAGAUUUAAAAAUACUAUUUAUAUAACUUGGUCUCAUGCUUUGUGUUUUCAAUCAGUGGCUAGAUUGUCAAAGAUUUAACCGUCAUUGUUUAUGUUGUUCAGCCAAAACUUGGAUUUUAUUUGGAACAUUUCAAUGGAAAUUCUCUUCUAGUUAGUCUGAAAUUAGCAGCAAGUGGAGAGAAUAUUAUAUGUAAAUGUAAUGUUGCUUCUGUUUAAAGCCACUCUUGUCUUUUUGCUUUCAAAUGAAUAUAGUAAUUUCCUUAGUAAAAUCAUAUUUUGCAAAACCACA